UGGAAGUAGAAACUCCCAAUAAUGAGGAAAUUGAAUCAUCAUCCGAGAAAUGAUUACAAGGAGUUUUUGGAGCUGAGCUGUAUCUUUUUGGGUGGUAUCAAAAGUCAUAGAGCCGAAUUUAAAGCACCUGGUGCUUUUCAUCACGCACGGUGGUUAUCGAAAGCUCUCUAUUGCUUGAAAAUAUAUAUGUUUAGAAACCAGUUUAAAAUGGGAGCAAACGAAAAAAAAAUUUUGCAGAAAAUAUGUAUUUUCAUCGUAAUAUUUUAUGUAAAAAUAUGGUUUACUGCUCCUAAUGCAAUAAAUGCUCCAAACUCGGAUUUGCAAUUAGUAAAAGAUCUUAUUGACUACAGAAAAAUACAUCCAGAAAUUGCAAAUGCAGCACUCGAUAAAUUGUCUCGGCAUUUGUGGUACUUACACGAAAAUCUUGCUUGUUUAGCUCUUUUUGAUGAAACUGUGUCAGUAGAAGAAAAAGUAAAGAUCGUACAAAAAAUGAAUUCCCAGGUAGCGGUCAAAAAGCCUAAUAAACGUUUAUCAGUCGCUUAUGAAAAAAUAACGUCGUUAUCUGAGAAAAACAUAAGCGAUUUUGUUAAUCCAAACUCGUUGUUUAUUUUUGAGCAAUUUGAGCUCCCCUAUGAAUUUUUGCAUACAGAUCCAAGUUUGUGGGAAUCAAAUCUUGAGUAUAAACGAUGUUAUGAUACAUUCAAAAAGUUAAAAGUAGUAAACGAUACUGCGGAAAGAGGAGUAGCGCUAGCCGAAAGUUUUAAUGAAGUAUUGACUUAUAACGAAGAUGAAAGACAAAGAAUUUUUCAAACUGUUCAGCACCAUCGAUCUCAAUACACAUCGUGUAAAAAAUCACAAUAUAUUGACAAUGAAUUAAUCUAACAAUUCAUUUUU